AUGGAGAAGAUCACCUUCGGCGACAACCUCCCCGGCUACGUGUGCGGCCCCAAGGGCGCGCCCGGCCUCCUCGUCCUCCAGGAGUGGUGGGGCAUCACGCCCGAGAUCCAGGAGCACGCGAAGGUCUACUCGGAGAUUUGUGGCUUCCGCUGCCUGGUCCCGGACCUGUACAAGGGCAAGAUCGGCGUUGACAAGGAGGAGGCAUCGCAUCUGAUGUCCAAGCUCGACUGGGUCCAGGCGUUUGGCGAGAUGAAGCAGGCCGCCGAGUAUCUCCGCUCCGAGGGGUCGGCCAAGGUCGGCGCCGUCGGCUUCUGCAUGGGCGGCGCUCUGUCGCUCUGCGCCGCGCAACACUCCGGCAUCGACGCCGCCGUGCCCUUCUACGGCUGCCCGGGCGAGGAGGCGUGCGACCCGUCCAAGCUCACCGUGCCCGUCCAGGGCCACUUCGGCGCGGACGACCCCAUGAAGGGCUUUUCGGAUGUCGACACGGCCAAGGCGCUGGACGCCAAACUGAAGGCCUCCCCGGGCAAGGGCGAGGUGUUCAUCUACGAGGGCGAGUCCCACGCGUUCAUGAAUCGCACGGACGAGGAGAACACCAAGAAGCGCGAGAUGAUGGGCUUCACCACGCCCAAGCCGGAGAACCAAAAGCUCGCGCGCGAGCGCUCCGCGGAGUUCCUCAAGAAGGCCCUGGCGUGA